GCUAUCUCAGUGUAAGCCUCAGGGUCCCAAUGGGGGACUCAGGAUCAAGGAGAUGUACCCUGGUCUCCCGGUUGCCAAUAUUCAGGAAAAGUAUUAGCAGAAGACAUGACUCUCUCCCUUCUUCGCCCUCUUCCGGUAACACAGCUGGGGUCCACAGCUCCUCCCCUUCCAGCACUAACUCCAGCUCAGGGAGCGUGGGGAAACGCAGGAGCAUAUUCCGGGCUGCCUCCAUCAGCUUCCACUACAAGAAGGGGAGUGAACCUAAGCCAGAACCCGUCGACCAGAACCUUAGUAUUUCCAAUGGUGCUCAACCCAGUCACAGCAAUAUGCAGAAACUAGGUUUGGAGGAGCAAGUCAAAACCAGGGGAAGACAUUCUGUGGGUUUUAGUACUUCACGAAGUAAGAAGAUCACAAGAUCUUUGACCGAAGAUUUUGAAAGGGAAAAGGAACCCCCAACUAAUAAGAAUGUCUUUAUAAAUUGUCUAAGUUCUGGCAGAAGUGAAGGGGAUGAUUCUGGAUUCACAGAAGAACAAACUCGUCGUUCUCUAAAACAAUCAACCAAGAAGCUACUCCCCAAAUCCUUUUCAUCUCACUCUAAAUUUUCCAAGUCGGUUCCACAGAGCCAAUCCAAGUCAUUGGUACAGCAGCCUGAGUUCUCGCUGGCUGUCGCACAGUACCAGGAGCGGGAACCCACCUUAGGAAGACCUUCCCCAUCUUGCUCUGCGGAUGUAACAGAGCACGCAGGAAGUUCCUUACAGUCGCCUCUGCUUUCCACUGACCUGACCACAGCACAGACCCCUUCAGAAUUCUUGGCCUUGACUGAAGACUCUUUGUCGGAGGCAGAUGCCUUUCCUAAAAGUGGAAGCAUGGCUUCGCACUGCGACAACUUUGGUCACAAUGAUGCUACCUCUCAGCCCAAUCCCAGUCUCACUGCUGGCACAAAGACGAUGGAAUUUGUGGGGACUGUGCCCUGUAUGAUGAUGUCUCCGGGGAGGUACAGGCUAGAUGGUCGGUGUGGCACCGAACUGCAUUCUUUACCAGAGACUGCUGCUGCUGACCAGAGGGAAGUGUUACUGCAAAGCGCUGGGCCCCCUGUUUGGAAUGUGAGUGACCCAGAGACCCACCCACCAGCUGCUCAUCAAAGAGAAGAGGAACCCUCCGAACCAAUGCUUAGGACCAGCUCACCCAGGACACUGGGCUCCUAUGACCAGCACAAGGCACUAGCUGAACGCAUUAAAGGGGUCCACCCUGUUUCAGAUUCAAGGGUAAUCCCUUCAUCCGGGGAUCCUCGUGUUCGUAACAAAGCAUCUUAUGGAUAUGAAGCAAGUGCUGCCAAAGUCCUUGCCAGCAGCCUCAGUCCGUACCAUGAAGGAAGAUAUAUGGAGCAGCGGCUGCGGUCUUCAUCUGAAGGGACGGCGGGGAGCAGCGGAAUGGUCUUAAAGCCGAAAGAAGGGCAUGCAGAGGCCAGCAGCUUAAGAAAGCACAGAGCUGGGUCCUCAUCCUCCAAAAUGAACAGUCUGGAUGUUCUAAAUCAUUUGGGAUCCUGUGAGCUGGACGAAGAUGAUCUAAUGCUUGAUUUAGAAUUUUUAGAGGAACAGAAUCUUCAACCCCCAGUUUGCCGGGAAGAUUCCUGCCAUUCGGUAAUGUCGUGUGCCGCUGUCCUUCUUAGCCCAGUGGACCCAACAAGAGAAAUGAAGAAGCUAGAAGAACCAAAAUGUCCUGAGCCUUCCAAACAGAGCCUUUCCCUGAAAAUAACAAAAGACAUUGAUCAAGAAGCCCGGUGUUCCCAUGUCAGCCGAAUGCCCAACAGUCCCUCCACAGACUGGCCCCUGCUGGGUGUGGAAGAAAAUGGAGGUGUAGAUUCCCUGCCGUUCAGACUGAUGCUACAGGAGUGCACAGCCGUGAAGACGCUGCUUCUGAAGAUGAAGAGAGUGCUUCAAGAGAGUGAUGUGAGCCCUUCCAGCAGUACCACAUCGCUUCCCAUCAGCCCUCUCACGGAAGAGCCACUGCCUUUCAAGGAUAUAACAAAAGAUGAAUGCUCAAUGCUGAAGCUGCAGCUGAAAGACAGGGAUGAGCUCAUUGCUCACCUUCAAGCAGAGCUGGAAAAAGUGCAGCAUUUACAGAAGGCUUUUGCUUCACGCGUAGACAAAUCCACGCAGACUGAACUUCUAGGCUGUGAUGCCCUGUGGAAUCCUACAUGCACUGGAGAUUUAUUUAAACCAGUAUAUAUUUCAAGCUAAAUACAAUAAUCAUUUUCAUCACUGAGCUUUGACAUAUUAAAUAUUGAGAAAAAUAAAUUUUUCUAUGAUUCCUUCUGUUAACUAUCUUGCAGAAUAUGUAAUACAGAAAUUGUUUCAUUAUAAACACUGUAUACUUUUGCAUUUAUAAACAGUUUCCACAGAAUAUUGAUGAAUAUUGAAUGGACAUACAUUUGCUUUUACUUACUUUGUUUUUUUUAAAUGACGUACUUUUAUUUAAAUAUUAUCUCUAUAUGCAAAUAUACUAAAAUGUAAUAUUCCACUUGGCAGUAAAUAUUGUUUGAUCAUCCUCCUUAUCCAAAUCAUUUGUUUCUUUGUGAUAAACUUUGUGUUUUUUAUGUCACAUUCUAUGUGCAUUAGAUAGAUUGGAAAUGAAGCCUUAGUUACCUCAUCUUCGCAGGACAGUUCCCAAUGAUAAACUGGAUUAUUUGUGACCUCUUUUCAUUACAUUAACACCAGGAGGUGAAAUUUGGAUGUCUUCAAAUGGAACAAAUACAUGUGGCCUUUAUUUAACCACAGAAUGUAAUGUAUACAGAAGGAAAUUAUACCCUUAAAAAGCAGAAAAACAAACUUAUCUAUUGCAGAGUGACAGAAGUUUAUUGAAUGUAUGUGGUACAAGAAGAGGCCUUACCCUGAACUUAACCUCUGUGGGCCCUUUUUUAUUAACUUUCUAUGAUAACUCAUUUCAUCAAAUGGCAUAGUAGCCAGAAGGAUCUCUUGAGUGGUGUAGUUUAUUGCAAGGGUGAUUCAGUGUGGUGGGCAGGAUGUUGGUCAGUAGAAGGGCCACAGGGCUCAGGAGAGAAGAGCAGAUCUUAAUGAGCCCAUCCCAUUUGUGAAGAUACAAUGAAAGAAUUAUCAAUAGUAAUGUAUAGAAAUACGCUAUAAAAUUUAUUAAGUUAUUUGCAUCUUUAUAUAACAUAAAAUAUGAAUGACCAAAU